CAAAUGCCUCACACGAAUUCGGGACACGUAUAAGAUCUACGUUACAUCGCGAUCGACACCAGCAAUCAACGUUACCACAAUACUCCCCACACUCAGGACCGCUCUACGUCCUCAAUCGCAUUUGAGGUCUACUUUUCUACACAGACGCACGAUGUCCACCGAACAGUCCCAGAAGCCGUGGCACGAGAGCUUCCCUGCCCCCAAGUGCACCCCAACCCCAAUCUCCGCCGCCGACUUCAAGUCCACCUACCUCGACGACCCCACAAAGGUCCCGGGGCGCGACUACCUCCUCGUCGACGUUCGCCGCACCGACUACCUCGACCACGCCGUCCCAACCUCCAUCAACAUCCCCGCGCAAUCAUUCUACCCAACGCGCCUUACGUGGGUUAAGGCGUUCAAGGAGGUUCCUGUUGUUGCGUUCUAUUGUGGGUCGAGUAAUGGACGGGGGCCAAGGGUUGCGGGGUGGUUUGGGGAUGCGGUGGAGGAGGUGAAGGAGAGGGAGGGAGGGGAGGAGGUGAAGUGUGAGAGUUUUGUGUUGAGUGGGGGGGUCAAGGGCUGGGUGAAGGAGUUUGGGGAGGAGGGUGCGAUGAAGGUUGUUAAUGCUUGAUAGACGUCAUGUUGGGAGAGUUAUGGUGUGAGCAGGGGUUUGGGGGUGUAUGCGGACGUGUAUGCGGGUACUGGGUGUGGAGAUUGCGAUUGAGUUGAGUGGCUUGCGUGGA